AUGCUUUUAAUGGAUAUAAACGAUUAUGUAUGGUAUCAAAAACAUACUCCUAGAUCUUACGCCAUAAUGACUAUAUGUGCAGUAUGUAUUGCAAAUCACGCCAUUCAUAUCAAUACGCUGUUCGAUUUCAUGUACAUAAUGCUUCUAAGAUACGUAGGAUCUCAAUUUGAGCAUGUUAAUGAGAAUAUUCAAAAGUUAGUAGAACAGAAGAAACAAAAAAUAAGAUAUGCAUGGGAAACCUCUACUUCGCCUCUGUCUCACCAACACAUGAUUGACACUGAAACAUCUAAGCAAAAUAUAUGGAUUUUAAUGCAUAUUCAUCUUGAAUUAUGUUCGAUAUCACGUCAAUUAAACACAAUAUUUGGAUUGAAAAUGGUGACGCAAGUAGUUGCAUUUCACGUUUUCACAGUGCAAAUUAUUUAUGAAUGUUAUGUUAUGAUGAUGAUGACGGAUGCUGACGAUUUCACGCAAAAACUGAUCGAUCUUUUUGGCAAAUAG